AUGGCUUCUCGACGGGUGCUGAGGCUGCGCACCUCGCUUCUUGCAGCUGCCGCAGGGGGAGCUUCUGUUCUCUACCCGAUGAGAAGCGCGUAUGCUGAAGCACCACCAAAAGAAGCAAUCCCGGAUCGAAAACCUAUCUACUCGGACCAUGCAUCCCUCCUCCCAAAGCCGAAGCCCUCAGAUACUUCACCAGUCUCCGAACCCUCCUCCACAGCCCCGACACCAACCGAUCGCCUGACAGGCCAGGUCAGGAGGGCGCGAAUAUUCUUAUACGACCAGUCCUUUGCUGCCGAAGACAGCAUCAACAAGUUCAUGUCCUACAUCCUCAACAAGGAAACAUCCUUCACCAAUACGAUUGCUUCACUCGCACCUGCUCCCGAGACAGGCGAACAACUCCUGCCUGGAGCAAUAUAUGUCCUCGUAGCGACGAUGACUGGCAGCAUCAUUGCGCGAAAUCGCGGCCUCUUCCUACGCACGACAUUUCCCCUGGCAGUGGGUAUUACUGCUGGUUGGAUACUCAUUCCGUUCACAAUGCGCAAUAUUGCCGACCUGAGCUGGGAGUAUGAGAAGAAAGUUCCCCUAAUCAGCAAUACGCAUGCAGAGAUCAGAGGCUUCACCAAAGAAGCUUGGAGACAGACAAGAGUUCACGCAAGAUUAGUGGGUGAUUGGGCGGAUGAAAAAGCUGCCGCUGGUAGAGAGAAGAUGGAGUCGUGGGUUAGAGACGGAAAAUGA